AUGAGCUCCUCCUAUCGGCCCAAGCACUCAAUUCGGACACAGAAGGUCCGAGAGCUUGGAUGGGUGGAUCAACCGCAACCGCCGUAUAGACCAGAUCUGGCACCAAGUGACUAUCACCUUUUCAAACAUUUGCAAGAUUUUCUUGAUGGUACAAAACUAGCCUCAAGAGAGUCUUGUAAAAAUGAGGUAGUCAAGUUCCUUGCCAAUAAGGACGAGGACUUCUUCAAUUGGGGAGCUUUAAAGUUGCCGUCAAAUGGACUGAAGUUCUCGAACAAAACAGCGACCCGAAUCGACUAG